AUCUUAUUGUGCAGACUGUAUGAACAUCCUGGUCAGUCCGGGGACGUUUGAUUCCUUAAAGCUGCUGGACCCGUGGAUCUGCUGCUUGUGUCAGCCUCAUCGACCCCACGGCGCUCUGAUUCCCAGAAAGGACUGGAGCAUUCGUGUUCAGGAAUUAUUCGCCAACAACAGCGCCAUGGAGUUUGAGCCGCACCGUGUUUACCCGUCCAUCCCAGCCAACCUGCGCAGACCAGUUCGAGUUCUGUCCCUGUUUGAUGGCAUAGCAACAGGGUACCUAGUGCUGAAGGAUCUUGGCUUCAAAGUAGAGAAAUAUGUUGCCUCAGAGGUCUGCGAGGAUUCAAUUGCUGUGGCGACCGUCAACCACGAUGGAAAGAUUGUGCAUGUUGGUGACGCUCGGUCUAUCUCCCAGGAAUUCCUCGAGCAGUGGGGUCCGUUUGAUUUGCUGAUCGGAGGAAGCCCCUGUAAUGACCUCUCCAUCGUCAACCCAUUCAGAAAAGGCCUCUAUGAGGGCACUGGCAGGCUGUUCUUUGAUUACUACCGCAUCCUUCAACUGCUGAAGCCCAAAGAGGAAGACCCGAGGCCAUUCUUCUGGCUGUUUGAGAACGUGGUCUUCAUGAACACACAUGACAAAGUCAACAUCUGCCGCUUCCUCGAGUGCAACCCGGUGCUGGUGGAUGCAGUCAAAGUUAGCCCCGCCCACAGAGCUCGUUACUUCUGGGGAAACAUCCCAGGGAUGAGCAGGCCCAUUAUAGCCUCCCAGAACGACAAGCUGAGUCUCCAGGACUGUUUAGAGAUCGGUAGAGAAGCCAGGGUCACUAAGGUGAGGACGAUCACCACCAAUCCAAACUCUCUGAAGCAGGGCAAAGGCGUCGCUCAGCUGCCUGUCCUCCAGAACGGCAGAGAGGACAACCUCUGGAUCACUGAACUAGAGAAAAUCUUUGGUUUCCCCAAACAUUACACCGACGUGAGGAACAUGAACCGGCAGCAGAGGCAGAAGGUGCUGGGGAAGGCGUGGAGCGUGCCGGUCAUCCGUCACCUCUUCGCUCCCCUGAAGGACUAUUUUGCCUGUGAGGAGCUGCCUCCCUUGACCACGUCCAUCAUGUCCACCACCUCCCCCUCCCCGUCUUCCCCUGCCUCUCCAGAACUACAGCAACUAAGAUAGGGGAGGUUGGAUAGAUUUUUGUAUAGCACAAUAUGUAAGGUGUUUUUGCCCCAACACAUGGUUUACAAGAACUAGAUGGAGCAUAAAUUGUCUAUAAAUGUCUCCUACUACUUCAAAAGAAAAAACAGAGCUCACUGACCGGCUCCUGUGGAUUACUGCCAUGGGGACAUUUUGUCCACUAUGCAAUUGAAUCUCUUGCAUCGUGUCACACAUGCAGUUUGUCACUUUGGCCUUCAAAGCCCUUCUGUCUUUCUUGGAUAGAAAAUUCUGCAUUUUCAUCCUGAACCUUGCCGCCUACUGGAGUAUAAAGAACACUGCCAAUCCUUUUCUUUUUUCCUCCAUGCUGCUUAGUGAUUUGUCAGUGGUGCUACUACUCAGUGAACAGCAACACAUUUUAGCUUAGAUGGCGUAAAGAAACCUCACUGGUAAUAGGGUUACACCGCCACCUCUACAUUUUAGUUUCUUGUUUUUUUAAGGUGUGAAUCAUGUUGAACUGAGAGAUGUCUCGCUGCUUUACUGUAAUAUUUGAAUAAUUUUAUCAGGACAAAAGCAGAACUCAUUACUUUUUUUAUUGGAUUAAGAUCUGCUGUAUUUUUAAAACUGUUAUAUUCUGCUCACACAUGCCAUGUUUAUACCAAACUAACUAACUGUCUGUCGAUAAAGGUAUUUGAGAAGACGCAAGUUCGGACACAGACUUUUUAUCUUUUUUACAUCAGUUUUUAACUUUCAUUCUCGUCCUUUUGUUCUAUACUUGUAUGUUUUGGGAAACUCUGAGAAGUAGGAAGUAAUUGAGGACAGCUUUUAUUUGUAUUUGGGAAGACUAUUGAACUGUUAUUGUUGCAUUGGUGCUAUAUGUGUGUACAGGUGUGUGCACUGCCACUUUCACACCAACAAAACUGAUAACACUAAGGCCCUUAAGAGUGUUAUUGCUGCUUUGGUGCUAAUAAUAAGAAAACCAUACUGAUGAUUGCAGUUACCUGCAGCCUCAUAAUCACCUGUAUCGUGUUUUGUUUUAGAGAAAGGGUGACGUUUGUAAGGCUUUACUCUUCAGGACACAGACGUAUAACACCUACCUUCAUUAUAUAUUACCUAAAGCUGAUCUUUCAGUCCAAGAAUUUUCUUCUUUUUUUAUUGUUAAAAAUGUUACUUUUCUGUGUCAAGGGAAAUGAAUUUAAAUCAUUCACUGUCAAUUACUGUCCAUUUUUGUUAGUUAAUGCCUAACUAUGUUAACAUAAGCUGGAACUGACUUUAUUGUUCAAUACUUGACAAUAUUACUGAAUCAAUACCGUUCUUAAAGUCAAUUAAGUCAUAUGUCUAUCUAUGCCAAGAAAUGUACACAACAAGCUCUGAGUUGCUAAAGUUACGUUCAUUCGGCGGAUUAUUCAAGUGCACUUGUGUGUGUAAAGCUAUAAUAACCAAGCAGGAUAUGCAAAUGAACAAGUAAUUUAGUUGUCAUGUUGAACACUAUUUUGAAGCUGCAUGCACUGCACAGUCUAACAGAAUACCCCUUCAUGGUAAUGAAUUUAACAUGUCUUUUUUUUAUAUAUAUAUAUAUAUAUAUUUUGCUGACUGAUGAUUGUAUCAUGAACACAGGUUUUGAGAACUGUUUUGGGUGAGGGGCUUUAAGUGUGCUGUACAGUGUGUUUGCACAUUUACACCUGGGGAAUGAAUUCAGAAGGUGUGUAAGUGUGGAGGGGAAACUAAAGUGUCUCACCUGUGCUGCCCCGGAUCAUCUCUGUACUGUACCAGAUACUGUUGUUUUUAUAUAAAUUUUUUUUUAAUGAGGCACAUGCAGUGUUGUUAAAUGUAUAAAUGUUUGAACAUAGAAUGGGGCUCUGUGUUAAACUCAUUUUUAUCUAUAUUUGUGAUUGAAUUAAAAUAAGGGAUUUUUUAAUGGGACUUUUAAAAAGAUCAAUAAAAAUAAUAGAUUCCAGG